GAAAAAACGGGUGAGUAAACUGUAAAGCCAAUUUGAGAAGAGUGGCAGAGUAGUUUGAAGUUAGAAGCGGCGUCAAUGGCGGUUCCAGGAAGACGCAAUGGUUUGAACGAAGAAGACGAUGAAGAAUCGAAUGGUCUUUUCGGAGAAGAAGGUCUUGUUGCUGAAGAAUCUGAUACUCCUCCUCAUCUUCGUGACCUCUCCCAUGCCGCCACACACGGUGACCUCAACGCCCUCCGUCUCGCUAUCGAUAACUUGAGUGGUAGUAUUGAUGAACCGGUGGAGGAUGGGGAUACAGCUCUUCAUUUGACCUGUUUAUAUGGCCAUUUUGAAUGCGCUCAGCUGCUACUAGAACGAGGAGCCAACUUGGAGGCUAUGGAUGAAGAUGGCGCAAUUCCUUUACACGAUGCUUGUGCAGGAGGAUUUAUAAAUAUAGUCCAACUUCUACUUAACAGAGCUAACAAUGCUGAGCAUAUAAAAAGGAUGCUAGAAUCCGUUGAUUCUGAGGGUGAUACUCCUCUUCAUCAUGCUGCAAGAGGUGAGCAUGCUGAUGUAAUUAGAUUGUUGCUGUCUAAUGGUGCAUCAUCCACAAAGCAAAACUUAUAUGGAAAGACCCCUGCAGAGUUACCUGAACCUGGCACAGAUGCAAGGAGGCUGUUUGAAGCUACUGUUACUGCCAUGGAAAUCUAAUUAUAGCAUUAACAUGGUGUUUAGUAGAAAUAUUUAGUUUCAUUUUAAUAGCCCAAUCUGUAUCGCUGUAUAUUCAUUUCUCCUAGUUCAGAUUUAUCGAGGAGGUGCUUUUAUGAAUUAUAACUUUGGAAUUAAAAAUGAGGAUACAGGGGUCAGGUUAGGAUGACUUGGUUUGUUUUUAUUUGUUUGGUCAUUUGAAAGAUUGGAUUUACUCUAGAACAGGAUACUUACUAGUUUCACAUUUAAACUUAUAGAUUUACCAAAAUCGAAUCCAGUUGUUGGCUCCUUGAUAAAAA